GGAAUUUCAGAAAGAAAGUGUCGUUCGGUUUUGGCUGGCGGGUUUUCUGCACCCCGGCCCGGAAAUAAGUUUAUUUUUAAUUUUUCCAAUUGAAAUGAGAAAAAUUUGAAACCAAACAAAAAAAAUCAAUUUCUUUCUUCAUAAAUUGUUAAUCUAGUGAAAAUGUCGGGCGACGUACAACCGCGUAAGCGAAAGGAUAAAAAAAGGAAACGAGAUUCAUUGGAUCGCAGGUCCGACGGUGAUUUCGUAUUUGCCCGUAAACAUAGCUUACAAGAUGAUGAACCCCGAGAACAACAUCAAGGAGUUCAUGGCUCCAAAAUGGGAAAUGAAGAUGUGCAUUUGCAUGUACAGGGAGAGCAUGAAACCGGAGGUCAUUGGUGUGCUAAACUAUUUUUCUUUUCCCUUUUGGCAAUACUUUUGGGUUUGAUUGGAUUGAUUAUACUUGAAAACCGAGGACUUGCUGAUUUGGAUACUCCGUUGUCAGAAUCAAGGUUCUCAAACUACUUUGAUGGAUGGGUUGAUGAACAUCGGGAAGCUCACGAUGAGCAUGACGCUGUAACUGCCUCAAUUGAAGAGCAUGAGCAUGGAGAUGAACCUUUUGAAGAAGAAGAGGAUCAUUCGGAAAUAGACGAAGCAGAAGAUGAUGAAGAUGAAAAAGGUCAUGAUGAUGAAGAUGAAGAUGACGGUGAAGAAAACGAAGAAGAAGACGUAGAUACUGAAGAAAAUGAAGAUGAAAAUGAGAAUGAAGAAACUGAAGAAGUAGAAGCUGAAACAGCCGAAGAGCCCGAUGAAACCCGGGAAGAUGAAGACAAUGACGAAGAAAAUCAAGAAGACGAAGAAGUAGAAGAGACAAGAGAAGACGAGGACGAAGAAGCUGAUGAAGAAACCAACGAAAAUGAUGACAAUAAAGAUGACGAAGAUGAAGACGACGAAGAAACUACUGAAGAUAUAGAAUCACCACAAAUUCGUACUCAAACAGCUUCAAGCGCACAAAGUAAAACCACUGAAGAAGAUGAUGAUAAUGACGAACCUUUCGAAGAGGAGGAAGAUGAUGGUACUUUUGAAUCAUUAGAAUCAGUUGUAGUUGAUAACGACGCAGAGGAACUUUUGAUUCUGCAGGAAAAGGCACGACAACAACAAGCUUCUCAAAAAAAAGCAGAGCCUGAAAAUGAAGAGGAAACACCAUCUUAUUCUUCAUCACUUGCGGUUAAAAUUGGUGUGGGUGUGGCACUUGCGUUAGUUGCACGCCUUGUAUUGAUUAGGAAAAAUCCAAAUACAAAUGAACCACCAGCAGAAGUAUUAAUGAAACGUCGUUUGACAAUUGCUGCCCCUGAAGAUACAUUUACCGAGGACCAUGAUGAACUACUAGAAUAUGAUGUAACCGAAGAAGAUGGAGUAAAUAACCUGGAACUGAGUGGCGAAGAGGAAUAUAUCGAAGAAGAAAUCGAAGAAGAAGAGGAAAUUGAAGUCACAGAUGAAGAGUAUGAAGAAGAAAAAAUUGAGGAACAACCAAAAUACAAACCUCAAACAUUUGAACAAUUAAAUUCCAUGUAUCGAAGGCAAAACGACUUGCUCCAAUCAACUGAAAUUCCCAGUGACACUACAAAGAAAGCUAGUCCACCAAAAACAUUGUUAAACGAACCUAAAGCACCUACAAUUCAAGACUACAGUCAACGCGAAGAACACCUUCCAGUGGCAGCAAACAGACCUUCACAGUCUCGUUUUGCGCAAUAUCGCAGAGAAAAAACCCCUCCGUCCGAGAUUCCAAUUAAUUUACCACAAUUAACAUCGAAUUUAACUUCUUCCGAUAAAAUCGAACGUGAAGAAGAUAGUCACGCUUAUUCUGCUGAACAUGAAGAAGAUGCAGAAUAUGACGAGGAAGAGUUAUACGACGAUGAAAUGUUGGAGGAAGAAGAAGAAGAGGAUGAUAUUGGAGAUGACGAAGAAGAUGAGGAGGACCUAUCCGAUGUUGAUGAUUCCGAGUUGAUGAAUAGACUGGAAGCUAAGUAUGGACGAUUGCCAGCGAAAGAAUUCGAGAGUGACGAGGAUGUUGAAGAUCAAUCGUGGACAAAAAUCAAACCACGUAGUGGAGGUCCGCAAGUAAUGGAUGAUGAUGAUGAAUUCGAAGAGGAACUAAAAAAAGCAAACGAAGAAAUGCUUCGAGAGAAUCUUAAUUCAGCGCUAACCCUAUUUGAAUCCUUGUCACGAAUAUACCCCGACAAACCUGAAGCAUUUCUUGGAAAAGCCAAAAUCCUCGAUAGACAAUCAGAAAUUCAUCGCAGUAAUUCAAAAUUGAUCGAAGCGCUGGAGGCAUAUAAAAGAUAUUUAGCCUUUGAGGAAGAUAUUACCGAUGAUAAAGAGUUUACAGAAAUCGCUAAACGAUGUGUGGAUCGAAUGCGGUUUAUAGGUCUUCAUUUACAAGCUUUACCGAUCCAUGAAAUGCUUAUUGACCGAUUUCCCAAUGAAGUCUCGCAUCGAAAUCAAUUGGCAGUGACAUAUCUAAUGCUGAAUCGUCUUUCAGAUGCCAAGAUAGCACUAGAAGAAAAUUUAGCGCGAUGGCCAGAUGAUGGAUUUGCAAUGGUUCACUAUGGAUUUGUUCUUAAAAAUCUCAACGAAAAUCUUCAUCUUGCUGUUGAAUACUUGCAGCGAGGUAUAGAUUCCCAAAAAGAAGGUACCCAAGACGGAAGAUUUUACUUUAAUCUGGGAGAUAGCCUACAAAGGUUGGGUCGAGUAGAAGAAGCACGUAAAGUUUAUAGGCGAGGAGCAGCUUCAAAACUUUUCCUUUCAGAAUAUCAAAGAUCGCUGUACAAUGUGGAUUUGCUAAGAGCUCAGCCAUUUUGGUCUAAAAAAGAAACUGGUUAUGAAAACUUUCUUAACCAACUUGAAAAGAACUGGCUGUUGAUUCGAGAUGAAGGACUAAGGGCAUUAAAUGCGAAAGGAGCUUUUGAAAAGGAAUCUGAAAACCUUCGAGAUUCAGGGGACUGGCUACAACUCGAACUCUUUGCCAGAGGACAAAGACGUUCAAAAAACUGUUUGGAAGCACCUGUAACUUGUGGCAUUAUUGAAAUGUUUCCAGCAGCUCGGUUUUGUAAACGAGGUCAAGUUAAGUUUAGUGUUAUGCAUCCUGGAACACACAUAUGGCCUCACUGCGGGCCAACAAACUGUCGGCUUAGAGCACAUUUAGGACUUAAAGUGCCACCAGGGACCCUGCUAAGAGUCGCUAAAGAAAAAAGAACGUGGAAAGAAGGUAAAUUUCUUAUAUUUGAUGACAGCUUUGAACAUGAAGUCUGGCAUAAUGGCACCAGUCCACGCCUUGUUUUAAUCGUCGAUAUCUGGCAUCCAGAUUUAACAGAGCAACAACGCCAAAGUUUAUCACCUAUCUAGGGAUCCCAAAGAUAACAAUGAUUCUUUAAAAGCAUAAAGAAAGUAUUUUUUCCACGCAUCCCCUUUUACAAAAAUCCUUAAGAGUUCCUAGAUUUGUAUUCAAUAUAAUGUAUAUCUGUUUGCUAUUUUUGUUAGAAGCUAUUCAUUGUUUUAUUAUCUUUAUGUUCUUUGAAACAAAUUAUAAAAAUUGAUGUUUUUUAUCUCACAAAAAGGAAAAAAAAUAAAAUAUCGAUCAACUGUGACUUAAGUUAAAAAUAUUUACGAAUGUUACUUAUAUUGUCGUAUGAAUUUACAAUAAAAAUAAAAUUCAUUAUAUUUUUUCUAUAAAUCUAA